AUGAGUUCCAAGCUAGAGGAGGAGAUAUCUUGCCCUAUCUGUACGGAUAUCUAUAAGGAUCCGGUCAUCCUGGCCUGCACUCAUAGUAUCUGUAAAGGCUGUCUGCAGCAGUUCUGGAAAACCAAAAGAUCCAGAGAAUGUCCGAUCUGCAGAAGACCAUCAAAGGAAGAGCCUCCCCUCAACCUUGUGCUGAGAAACCUGUGUGAGACGUAUGUGCAGGAGAGAAGUCAGAGAGGAGCACUCUGCAGUCUCCACAAUGACACACUCAAGCUUUUCUGCCAUAACGAUGAGCAGCUUGUGUGUUUGGUGUGCCGAGACUCAAAGCAACAUAGUAAUCACAAGUUCAGUCCCAUUACUGAAGUAGCAGUUGACCGUAAGACUCAAGCCCAGCACACAAAGAAGCAGAUCACCACAGAAUUUGAGAAGCUUCACCAGUUGCUACGAGAUGACGAGGCAACCAGGAUAGCUGCACUGAAGGCUGAAAUGAUGAAGAAGUACACAAUCAGAGCCAUCGAGGAGAAUAUGGGAGCUGAUGAUGUCACAUUUCUGCAGUGCACACUGCAGGAUCCAGAGAGGGUUUCAGGAGCUCUGAUCAAUGUGGCAAAGCACCUGGGCAACCUGAAGUUCAGAGUCUGGGAGAAGAUGCAGGAGACUGUUCAGUACACUCCUGUGACUCUGGAUCCCAACACUGCACAUCCAGAUCUCAUCCUGUCUGAGGAUCUGACCAGUAUGAGACGUGGUGAGGGGAGACCGCGGCUUCCUGGUAACCCAGAGAGAUUUGAUCAGUAUGCCAGUGUGCUGGGCUCUGAGGGCUUUAACUCAGGGACUCACUGCUGGGAUGUGGAGGUUGGGGAGAACACGUGGUGGGGUGUGGGUGUGAUGACGGCGUCGGCUCAGAAGACAGGGGACUACACGUCCAUGAGUGGACUGUUUUAUGUGUAUUCUAAAGACGGUGUGCACUGGGCACGCUCCACCCCACAGCCUUACACUCACCUCACCGUGCAGCAGAAACUCCACAGGGUCAGAGUGCAGCUGGACUGUGGCCGAGGAAAGAUUUCAUUCUCUGACCCUGAUAAUAACACACACAUACACACCUUCACACACACGUUCACUGAGAGAGUGUUUCCAUACUUCAGCACUGUUUGCCCUCUAAAGGUCUUAGCAGUGACCACAAAAGUGACAGUAGAGAAUUUAGAGCCAAUUGUGCCUCAGCAAAUGCUUUUAAAGAAACAAAAAUCAUAG